GAUGCCACGUAACGUUACUGGGUGACGUAGACGGUCUUGGUGGACACUUCCUGAUGCUGGGAACCGGGUCUAGCCAAGCCAGCUAACAUUUUUGAAUUUCACGGUUUGGGUAAACCUGUGAGGCACAAGCGGGGCCAAGUCGUCUGAUUCAGUUGUGGGAGCAGAAGAGGUCGGACAGCACCAUGAACGGCCAGCUGGACCUGAGCGGGAAGCUGAUCAUCAAAGCCCAGUUGGGUGAUGACAUCCGGCGCAUCCCGAUCCAUAAUGAAGACAUUACUUAUGAUGAGCUGGUACUGAUGAUGCAGCGUGUCUUCAGGGGGAAGCUGCAGAGUAACGACGAGGUUGCCAUCAAAUACAAGGAUGAAGAUGAUGACCUUAUUACCAUCUUUGAUAGCUCUGACCUCUCCUUCGCCAUCCAGUGCAGUAGAAUACUCAAACUGACUUUGUUUGUGAAUGGUCAGCCGCGGCCUUUGGAGUCUAGCCAGGUGAAGUACCUGCGCAGGGAGCUCAUUGAACUCAGGAAUAAAGUCAACAACCUCCUGGAUAGCCUGGAGCCCCCCACAGACACUGGUCUGGCUGCUAAAGCACAUGACAGUGAAUUGGUGGAUGGCCGUGAAGGCCGAAUGAUGGCAGCAGACACCACAGUGAAGCACGCCCCCCCAGUCAGCGCCGCCAGCAUGUCGGCUUUCGACCCGCUAAAAAACCAGGACGAGGUCAGCAAGAAUGUCAUCUCUGCGUUCGGCCUGAGCGAGGACCAGCCGCCAGCUCCUCAAGCCCUCGCCCCAGAGGAGCGCUCAGGGACCCCUGACAGCAUCGCCUCCUCGUCGUCUGCAGCCCCCCAGCCACAGGCCCCCUAUGCCGGAGUGCAGCAGGGAGCCCCAGCUGCCAUGGAUGGUCAGGUGUAUCAGCAGUACCAGGCUCCAGGUGGAUACCCACCUCAGCAGCCGGGUGUCCCCCCUCAGCAGCAGUACGGUAUGCAGUACUCUGGAUACAGCACUCAGCCCGGAGCCCCCCAGCCCGGCGCACAGCAGCAGCAGUUUCAGAACUACACUGCUCCCUCCUCCCAAGCUUCUGCCCCCGCUCCAGCUCCAGCUCCGGGCUUCCAGGGUGGCCAGCAGCAGCAGCAGCAGCAGCAGCAGCCCCAUCCAACUCAGGCAGCCCAGCAGUAUCCACCAGGAGCCUUCCCUCCCCAAAACUAUACCUCCCAGGCCUCCCAGCCUGCCAACUACACCCUCCCUCCCAGCACCCAGCCCGGCUCAGGAUACCAGCCCCGCCCAGGGUACACCCCGCCCCCGGGCAACACUGUCACCCCUCCACCAGGAGCUGCUAACCCGUACGCCCGCAACCGCCCCCCGUACGGCCAGGGUUACGCCCAGCCGGGCCCCGGGUACCGGUAAAAAAAGAUGGCGGCUGCCACUGAUCCACACAGACCCCUUAAUCCUUCCCAUGAGUGUGGCUCCAACAGUUUUAAGUGGGUGCCAGAAACACGGUAUACGCCUCUGUACCCCCCCCCCCCCCCCCCCGCCCACACACACACACAAGGACCCCCACCCCCCAGUCUGAUGGUUAGUGUUUGUAUACCGCUUUGGCCCUGGUGUACGCUCCCCCCUCCCCUACCGUCUGCUCUUCCCUCUUGUAUCGGUAAUGAUGUGAUCUGUCUGUAUGCACACACUUGGGAGACCAAAACAGGCUGUUGCAAAAGUCCUUUGAUCUUUUCAUGGUCGCCCUCCACAAGCGAGUGAGAUCACAGCCAGCUCCACCGGUUGUGUUGAGCUGACCACGAUAAGAUGCAUUCAUAAGACACUAUCUAAAUGAAAAGUAACCCUUUCGGUGUGUUUUUGUUUGUUUGAUUGUUUUUAUCUUGAUUUGAUCAAUUUCACAACCAUGUCGGUAUUAAGGAUGUGUGAAUGAAACUGCCCCAUGUUGGGAAAACUAGUUAAGUGAUGGCUCAUGGGAGAUGUAGAUCCCAGUGUCACAAAGAAGGCUUCUUUUGUAUAGCUAAAUAUAUCAUCUCCAUUAAAGCUUGCUACUCCUCUCUUUAUCUUAUCACUGGUUUUUACUAAAAAAUCAUAUUCCACCCUCAUGUGAGAUUACUUUAUGUAUAAACAUUUUGUUCUUGAACCUAAUAAAAGAUUGAGACCCGG